AUGUAUGUUCCAUUGAUCCUAGGUCCUGUAGGUAUAAAUUGUUUUGUCAUGUAGUUAAAAUAUUGUUAAAAUAUCUGUCCUUCAUGUGAUAUGUUCGCAAAUUAGUGUCCAUGGUACCUAUAUAAGAGGAAGUUGCAGAAGAACAAAUCACAUCCAGAGAGAUAGAGAGAAAGAACAAGUGAGAGUGAGAAUAUGACGAUUUCAUGUCUUGAUUUUUGGAAGGAUGGAAAAAUAAUAGAGGAAGGGAGUGAGGAAUGGAAGGAGAUGAGCAUGAAAGUGAGAGAAGCAUGUGAGAGUUAUGGUUGCUUCCUCUUGAGGUGUGAUGAGAUGAACUCCAAUGGUGCACGCGAAGAACUGUUUAAUAAUAUGAAAGCACUGUUUGAUUUGCCUCAAGAAACAAAGCAAAAACACACGAGUCCAAAGCCUUUCAGAGGCUUCAACUCGUAUAACUAUAUGUCCACUCUCUAUGAAAGUUUUGCAAUCGAUGAUGUUCUUCUCUCAACAUCUGUGGACAACUUGACCAACCUCAUGUGGCCUCAAGGAAACCCGCAGUUUUGUGAGACACUGAAGGGUACGAGCUUAAAGAUGUCGGAUUUAAGCUUGGUGAUCUUGAAGAUGAUUGUGGAGGGUUAUGGGCUUCCCCGGCAUCACAUUUCAGAUGUUGAAAACCUUAAGAGUUCUUGCAACGUACGAAUGAACAUGUACGAUACUGACAAAAAAAACACUGUGAACAGGAAUAUCGCCAAUGAUCACAUUGACAAAAACACCUUAACCAUUUUGUGUGAAAAUGAAGUUCCGGGUUUGCAGGUGCAAUCCAAAACUGGGGAAUGGGUUGACGUAGUCAUACCCAAGAAUUGCUUUGUGGUUAUCGUUGGUGAUGCAUUGAAGGCAUGGAGCAAUGGAAGGAUUCAUGCAGCGAUGCAUAGAGUGGUGACGAAUGAAGAGAAACAGAGAUUCACUUUUGGAGUUUUUGUGGCACCAAGGGAAGAUAUGAAGAUCAAGGUGCCUCGUGAGUUGGUUGAUGAAAAAAUUCAUCCUCUUCAGUAUCGUGCUUUUAAUUAUGGAGAGUUUCUCAGUUUCUAUGCUGAGAAUCGCCGUACCAACAACGGAAAUGCACUUGAAGUGUUUGCUGGUCUUUGAAAGUAAUUCAUGAUUAUGAUCCAUAUGCACCAGAUCAAGUCAAAAUAUUCAGGGGAUCGCUCAUAUAAUUGUACCUCCUUUUCAAUAAAAUCAAUUCUGUUGCUUCAUCUAUAAAAUUUGUUAAAAUAA